AUGGGUUGGUGGAAAGCAGACCCCGGCCCGGAGCCUCAAGCACCCCAAGCGCCUCAACAAGCAUCCUCGCAAUCUUCGAUCCCUCCAAACCACCCACAACCCUCUGCAGAUUCUGCUUCAGCCUGUCCCGUCGACCCAAAGACACGAGAAAUAUGGCUCCAACAAGCCCAGCAGGUGAAGAAGUCACAAUCACAAGGAGGAGAAACACACCCGCAAACACGCCCACAGACGCAAAGGCAAACACAACCCUCCUACCUACCGACCUCGCACCCUCCGCUUCCCAAUCCGACAACGAUAUCAUCGCAAGAAUGCUCCUCCGACCGCAUCUCGCAGGACCAUAGUCUCGAGAGUCAGUCGGCGUACCCGACCGCGCGCCCGCUUUCACACGGCCGCGUCGUCUCCUCCAUCCCACGCGCCUUCCCGCAAUCCACCCAAGCACCGCCCUCUCUCACGUCGACAACUUCGACGACAAGCAUGAACACGGGCACAAGCGGAAGAAUAGACACAAACAUAAACAUACCAGCAAACGCCGAGUCCGAGACCGGCGCUUCCGAGAGCGGCAACUGGAUCUACCCGUCGGAGCACCAGUUCUUCCAUGCGGUGAUGCGCAAGCAACAGGCCAUGUCCUCUCCCUCUUCGUCAUCAUCAUCAACAAACCCGACGGCCCUGGCCGCGUCGGUCUCGGCCAUCAUCCCGAUCCACAACGCCGUCAACGAACAGGCCUGGGUGCUGAUCAAGCGGUGGGAAAAGGGCUCGUCGGACGCCUGCGGCGGCCCCAAACUGCUCUCAUUUCAAGGGCUAGGCGCUGGCGCAAAGUCCCCCAAGGCCCGCUGGAACGCGCUCUGGGGCUACACCGAGCCCUUUGAUCGCCACGACUGGGUCGUCCAGCGUUGCGACGGGACCAAAGUCGAAUAUGUCAUCGAUUUCUACCAGGGCAAGGCCCCACGCGAGGGCCAGAACGGGAAGCAAGGCAACAACGCUUUGAACUUUUACCUCGACGUACGGCCGAAGCUGAACACGAUGGAGGGAUGGAGGAUGAGGGCGGAACAGUUGUUUGGAUGGAGAUGA